AUGUUUGCCAACGAGGGGGGCGUUCCGCCAGACGGCGGCGACGGCUUCCCCAUGGCGUGCCUGGCGACCCCAAAGGACUGCGGCCGCGAGGGCAAGGCCUGCUGCUACAACUUUGACCCAGCCAGCGAGGACAGGUGCCAGGCCGGGCUGUCCUGUGUGGCGGAGGGCAUCAUCCCCUACAGCAGCUUCGCCCAGUACACAAACCUCACCAAGAAUUUCACGGCGACGAGCGACCCCAAGGUCAUGGGCGUCUGCAGGAAGUUCACAGCCGCCGACUGCGGCCAGCUCUGGCGCCCCUGCGGCGGCGCGGCAAAGAAGCUGGGCUGCUCCGGCGCCGCGCUCAACUGCGGGCCAGGCGCGUUCUGCGCGUCGCCUGGCGACACGCGCCUCGGCGGGCCCCGGUGCCUGCCGCUGCCGGCGGGCUGCGGCAAGCUCGGGUCCGCGUGCUGCCCGCCCAACAAGGACGGGAUCGUGCGGGAGCGGUCCUUUGUGGAUAAGAAGACGCCCGUGCCGUUCUGCGACGACGGCGGCAGCAUGUGCGUGUGGGCCUAUGAGGACUUCAACAAGUAUGGGACGGCCCAGUUCCCGGACUCCCCAGGUGAGGCUCGCGGCGCACGGACCGCAGCGCACGGACUGCGGCGGCGGUCGCUGCGUCUAGCGCGCGUGGUCCGCGGCGUCAGCGGCAGCAGCGGUGUGAUGGCGUGGUUGCAGCAGCUGGGUGUUGAGCCCUACAAGUGGGACGGCGUCUUCCAGCGCGGCUACGGCCGCUCGCGCUGCGUGGCCCUGCCCAAGAGCUGCGGCCAGCCGGGGGAGUCCUGCUGCGCGAGCAUGAUGGACCAGCGCAUCAGCGGCCUGGUGCACAACCGCGUGUUCCCCUACCAGCCCUGCAACUACCGCGCCGCCGGCAAGAAGGGCAUCUUCUGCAAGGGCCAGUGGCAGGGCGGGCUGCUGAACAGCGACGCUGUCCUGGGGGUGUGCACCCUCAACCCCGAGGACUGCGGCCAGCCCAACAAAGCGUGCUGCGUGAACGACAUUCCGGAAGUCGGGGGCGCAGUGGGCACCUGCAGCGCGGGGCCGAAGCAGGGCGGCCCGCGCUACUAUUGCACCAAGCAGCAGCAGUGCGACAAGUGCCCCGACAAGCUGGUCACGGACGAGCAGAAGCAGAACUGUUUCCCCACAAUGGGCUGA